AUGUCGAAGGCUGCCAAAAAGCGAAAACUGUCCGCGAGCUUCGUCGAGGCGGAGAAGGAGGACGUGACAAGGAAGAAUGCCAAGCCCACCAGCCUUUGUAGACACAACAACUCUUCCUAUGUCAGUGGCAUCGCCAACAUUGUCGAAACCAACGCCUGUGAUCUCUUUUCGCCAGUGUGCAAAACCACCGAAGACUCCAGCAUCACCAAGAAGUCCGGCAUCUCGAGGGCCUCGGAUGACAAGAGGGUUUCGAAUUCACUGCAGCUCACGCUCACAGCCCUGUCCCAACUUGCCAACUUUCAGCGCAUUGAAAACUCCAAGUCCGAUGCUUCUGCCGACAAGUGGCCCGCAAUCUCAAAGCUUUCGCGGGAUGAGCUCGCCACACUAUUUCCGUUCGCUGCGUACGGCAUCACGUCCGUGGCGAACGAAGCGGUAUUGCCACAUGACCACCCACCGACCAUGGCAAGUCCUACCCAUACCCUCGUCGCUCGUGAUACGAUGGGUAAAGUCGUCGACCUUGCGUCCCAAGGAUUCGAUGGCCCAUUCGCUGCAGAAGCCGAGCGUAUCAAACAGUCGUUCCUUGUGCGCAAGGUCGAGCACUUGUCGGGUACAGGACCCGGUUCGCUUGAGAAGCACACCGCUUUCAUCUUUGAUGGCGAAGAAGAAGACAUUGCAGCCAUUAAAGAAGCGAAAGCCAAGGUUGAGGAGCGCGAAGGUUGGCCUCUGGGUUUCUUGCAGAGCUUAGGAACUAAGUGGCUUGACUGCGUCGACCGUUUGUUCUUCAAGUUGAACGACAAGGACGUUGCAACUAUUCAGCUAGCAACGGGGAUUGAAGCCGCUGCUGCUGACGAUGUUGGCGGUGCCGCUAAAUAA